AGUGGGAAAUAAUUGAUGGAGCCGUUCCUUCGUCGGCACUCCGUCGAGGUCCUUUUGGGACCCGUCGGGGUAUUCUCGUAUUGCUUCUGCCUCUGGCUUCGCAUCGUCCUCCUCGCACGCGAUCGACCGUCGGAGUUCUGGAUCGUGGAGGUGGCGAUGGAGGAGAAGGAGAAGGGGGAAGCGGUCGCGGCGAAUCCCGUGACGGGAUCGCCGUUCUCGCGGCGGUACCACAAGCUGCUCGAGCGGCGGAAGAAGCUUCCCGUGUGGGGUCAGCGGAACAAGUUCCUCGACGCCCUCGCGAAGCGUCGGGUCGUCGUCGUCGCGGCGCCACCCGGGUCCGGCAAGUCCACCCAGAUUCCUCAAUUCGUCAUUGAGGCAGGUUACGCAAGUGAAGGGAAGCAGAUUGCUUGCACGCAACCUCGUUGUUUGGUAGCGACGGCACUGUCCCGCAGAGUUGCUCAAGAGAUGGAUGUGAAGUUGGGGGAGGAAGUGGGUUACUCUGUGCUUUUUGAAGACUGCACUGGCCCGAAGACCAUUUUGAAGUACUUGACAGAUGGUCUGCUUCUAAGGGAGGCAAUGUCUGAUCAGUUCCUAGAAAGGUACACGGUGAUAAUUCUUGAUGAGGUUCACUUGAGGACUCUAGCAACUGAUAUUCUUCUUGCUUACUUCAAAAACAUGUUCAAAACGAAAGCUCGUUGUGACCUUAAACUUGUAGUCAUGAGUACUCAAUUUGAGGCGAAGAAGUUUCGAGAUUAUUUCAAGGAUGCACAGAUUGUGCAACCACUGCCCGCACUUCAUCCUGUACAAAUCGCUUAUGUAAAGGAACCGGUGAGGGACCUCGUGGAGGCAGCAGUAGAGAAGGUUAUCCAUAUACUUGUAUCUGAAUCAGCUGGUGACAUAAUUGUGUUUCUUACUGGGUUGGAGGAGAUAGAGAGAUGCUGUUGGAGACUUGGAAAACUGAUUUUGGACUUGGGAGAUAAAAUUGGACCUGUCAAAGUUGUUCCUUUCCACUCCGUAAUGCCAGUAGAUAUGCAGAAUAAGGUGUUCAAGGCCGCUCCACCUCCAACAAGAAAGGGUGGCCCUCUUGGACGGAGAGUUAUUGUAUCAACUGAAAUCACGGAAUCAUCAUUAUCAAUUGAUGGCAUUGUUUACACUAUUGAUUGUGGGUACACCAAACAAAAGGUUUACAAUGCAGAUCUCCAAGUUGAGUCAUUGCUGGUUUUGCCGAUAUCAAGAGCGAGUGCACAACGGAGGUCAGGAUGUGCAAGAAGGUCAGCCCCGGGAAAAUGCUUUAGACUUUAUUCCCAAGAUUUCUUUAACAGAGUUCAGCCACAAGAUUCCCCUGAGAUUCUCCGAGCAAACCUUGCAGGCACUGUUCUUCAGUUUAGAAAACUUGGGUUCGAUAAUUUGCUUCAUCUUGAUUUGAUGGAUCCUCCUCCUGUCGAAACAGUCAUGCAGGCUGUUGAGACCUUGAAAUGCUUAGGUGCUUUGGAUGAUGAGGGGAGUCUGACCCAUUUGGGAGAGGUCAUGAGCGAGUUUCCUCUGGAUCCUCAGAUGUCGAAGACCAUAGUUAAUAGCCCGAAAUUUUGCUGCUCGAAUGAGAUCCUUUCAAUUGCUGCUAUGUUGUCAGUACCAAAUUGUUUCUUACGGCCUAUGGAAAACCUGGAAGCUGCUGAUGAAGCUAAGGCCACUUUCAACCACAUCCAUGGUGAUCACCUUAGUCUUCUGAAUGUUUACCAUGCAUACAAGCUAAGCAAUGGAGAUUCGACUUGGUGGUGCAAAAGGAACUUUAUAAAUCAGACUGUGCUCAGAUCUGCUGACAAUGUUAGGGGACAUCUUGUCUCGAUCAUGCAUAAGCUUGAUCUUACUCUGUGCUCCACUGAUUCUAGCAGCUCCGAUGACUACGACAAUGUUAGGAAGGGCCUGCUGGUAGGAUAUUUUAUGCAGGUUGCACAUCUUGACCAUUCAGGCAACUACUCGACAGCAAAAGGUCACCAUGUAGUUGACGUCCAUCCUUCAAGUAGUCUGGCAUCAAGACCAGCACUUGUUAUUUAUAAUGACUUUGUCUUGGCUAGCAGAAAUUUCAUUCGCAUUCUCACGGAUGUGCCUCUGGAUUGGUUGGUCGAAAUUGCUCCUUUUGCUGCAGCUUAACUACCAUCCGAUGCAACCGCCUUCCUUCCCAGAGUUAUUGAUCCAUAUGCCUCCCAGUUGCUCAUCAUUACAAUUUAAUGCAGCUAAGAGAAGUCUAUGAGAUUGGAAGUUUACAGGGCUUUGUUUUCCGAUUGCCCUCGGAACAUGUUUCAGCUGAAUCAAGUAUGUGGUAUUUAGGUAUGAUUGGAGUGUCCUUUAUACGGGAUUGAGUGUGUGAGGGCUUUGUUCUCUGUUGUGGUUGGCAACCAUGGAUGACUCACUUGUGAACCUAGAAGUAUCAUUUGGUUAGAGAGAGCUUAUGUUGCAGACACAGCCAGUUAUCGCAGCAAUCUUUUCUUCCUUGACUGCUGUCUUGCAAGCUGACUUUGAUUUCACCGAUCUAUAUGUCAUUAUCUGAUAUACAAAUGAUAUCAGAGUUAUCUUACUAUUGUGCUUAGUGAGGGAUUCUGUGUUCUUGGAAUGUAAUGAAUGCUUGUAAUUGCAACGUGUCUUCCAUGAAUGUUCAUUUGAACAGCUAA